ACCCUCCAGUGACGGGGCGCCGCACCGGGGCAUGGUCACGCUCUCCGCGCGCCAGCACGUGACUAACGUGACGUGACACGUGACGUGUGACACGCCGGACGGUCGUCACGGGUAGGUGCUACCUGACGUCGUGGUCGCGCGUGGCGGCGCCCGGCCCACAACACAAGCACGCGCCGGCCGAGGCGACUAUAACCUCACUCUCGGGCGCCUCUGUCGCCCCCCACACCCGCGUGUCGCGACGGGCUCCUCGGAGCCACUGGACGGGGACGUUUGGUUCAGCAACCCGCGCUCACCGCGGAUGAGAGAGGCAAGCUCACGUCGCCCUUUUGUUCGCCGUCGUAAAAUUUUGUGACGUCGUCGUAAGUAGCGGUCGACGGCAGAGGAGGUGGAAGUAGUGGCCGAGCUCGGUGCGCCGCCGCCGGACCUGCCCAGCUAAUGACCGUGCGCCACAACAACCCCUCCGCCAGGACUUAACGGCCAUCCUCGCUGCGACCCGCCCCGCCGGCCCCUGCUGGACACUCCAGCUUUUAUUUGCCGGGGCAUGGCCCGCCGGCGCCCGGGCCUCACUGCCACGGCGGCGCCCCCCGCAAGACCUCCAGCUCCAGCAGCCCGGCGCGGUCCAGCACUGCCGUAGGACCUGGGCCGACGACGGGAGGUUGAGAUCAUCGACGGCCCGAGGUCACCCUGGGUGUCGACCUGGGCCUGGGCGACUCGCGCGGCGGCGGCGGCGGGGAGUGCGCGGCGGCGCGGGUGGACCCGGUGCGGCGCGGCUCGGCGCGCGGGCGGGCGGACGCCCCCACCGACGUCAUGCUCGCCCUGUCGCUGUCCCCGCACCACGGGGCCGCGCACGCGCACCACAGCCACGGACACGGCCUCCACGGCCACGCUCUGCACGGGCACGCUCACGCCCACGCCCUGGGCGGCCCCGUCGGCGGCGCCCCGGUAGGCGGGCCGCUCGCCGCGCCCCCCGCCGUCAUGGCCCCGCUCCCCGCGCCCGCGCCCGACGUCCUCCUCGCCCUGCUCUCCUCCAACAAGGCGCUGCAAGCGAGCAUCCCCAAGUGUGGAGGUUGCGGGGAGAUGAUCCUGGACCGCUUCAUCCACAAGGUCCUGGAUCGCACGUGGCACGCCAAGUGCCUCAAGUGCGCCGACUGCGGGGCGCAGCUCGCCGACAAGUGCUUCGCGCGGGGCGGGCAGGUGUUCUGCAAAGACGACUUCUUCAAGCGGUACGGCACCAAGUGCGCGGGCUGCGGGCUGGGCAUCCCGCCCACCGAGGUGGUGCGGCGCGCCCAGGACCUCGUCUUCCACCUGCACUGCUUCGUGUGCGUCCUGUGCAACAAGCGGCUCGACACCGGCGACGAGUUCUACCUCAUGGAGGACCGCAAGCUGGUGUGCCGGGCCGACUACGAGGCGGCCAAGACGAAAGAUGUGGCAGAGGGCAGCCUGGACGGCGACCAGCCCAACAAGAGGCCGCGGACCACCAUCACAGCCAAGCAGCUGGAGACGCUCAAGGUGGCCUACAACAACAGCCCCAAGCCCGCGCGCCACGUGCGGGAGCAGCUGAGCCAGGACACCGGCCUGGACAUGAGGGUCGUGCAAGUCUGGUUCCAAAACAGGCGCGCCAAGGAGAAGCGGCUGAAAAAGGACGCCGGCCGGACGCGAUGGAGUCAGUACUUCCGCUCAGUGAAAGGCGUGUCCUCGCCCCGCCACGACAAGAUGGCCGAAGACGAGCUUAAGGUCGACAUGGACUCCAACUUCAGCCACAGCCACGACCUGGGCAGCAACGACAGCUACGGCACGACGGCCAUGGGCCUGGACGGCGAGCAGAGCCCCGGGAUCGGCGGCGGCCCGCGGUCCCUCGGCGGGCUGGGCGCCUUCCUGCACGCGCCGCACACGCCGCCCUACCUGGGCUCGACGCCACCGCCGGGGCCGCCGGGAGGCCUUCUGCACCCCCACCACCCCCACAACCCUCACUUCCCCUACGAGGGUAUGGGCGCCUUCACGGCUCUCGGCCAGGGCGGUCCGCCUCCGCCGCUGCAGCUGCAGGUGCCACCGCCGCCGUCCCGCGGGCUCGGCUCCGGGCUCGCCUCCGGGCCCGCCUCCGACCUGAGCACGGAGAGCAGCAACGCGGGCUACCCGGACUUCCCGCCGUCCCCGGACUCGUGGCUCGGGGAGGUGGGUCCCUCGGGGGCGGCGCCGCCCCCCUCCGCGGCCCCGCCGCCCCCCGCCACGGCCCACUACUGACGCCCCCCGGCGCGCGGGCCGGCCGCCGCCCCCGCCCCGCCCCGCGCCAGGAGGAGGAAGCGUCGACGCAGCGAGCAGGCCGAGGACCUGUCCCUGCGGCGCCUCUAGGCUCGUGCCGUGCGUGAGAGUACACUGCGACAAAGACGUGCCUGUGAUGCAUGGUGUAUACCCAUUCCAAAGAAGAGGGAAAGCCCCAGUGUUGAUUCAUUGUGAUUUUUUGUCAGUUUUUUCCUGUGUAGUGAUUGUUGUAUGUUUGUUGUAUGUAUGUAAAGGCAUGUGUGUAUAAGUGUGUAGUAUGAUGACGAGCGGGUUUAGAGUAUGAAAGAUUAUGAACAAGUACAAAAAAAAAGGGUCAGACCUUAUUUUAUUUUUGAGAGGUGACGCAGAAUAAGUGACAGAGAAAAAGGCUCCCACAUUGAAUCCCGCUUUUGAAACGUUGCUAUAAUUGCACUGCGGGAAGGGAUCCAGAAAAUCUUUUAAGAAACAGUGAUAAUGUUUAAACACAUAGCCGGCUGCACACCCGAGCGAGGUCGAUCGUGUUGAUCGACAUUGAAUCGUAUGUUGAUUUUGUCAAUUAGCUUUCGAGGUGAGUGCACGCGAGAACGCAAACUGGGCGACUGUGUCUGUUAUUGCCAUCGGGAGAUGCCCCGUUUGGCCGUCACUUUUCUAUCAAGAGAUGCCUUCGAUGAGUCCCGCGCCCUCCCCUGCUCUGACACUGUGAUAUUGAUAUUGUAAAUCUCCUUCAGGGAUUAAUUGCACAACACGGCAGCGAGCGUGGAAUUUACCUUGUGUAUUGUAAAUUUAAGCAAGGCCAUAUUUAAAAGUUACCUGUGUUUUUUUUCUUUAUUAUUAUAAUUAUUAUUUCGGUGGAAUGCUGGCUGGAUAUUGUACAUCCAUUUUCCGCCGUUUCUUUCGAGGCACUAUGUGAUUCACACGACAAUUGUUUCCAGUGUUUUCUAGUCGCUUGAAGUGUGUGCUGCAAAUGUAAGCCAUCCAGUAGAGGGUCGAGCUUUAACUAAUUCUAGUCAAUCGUAUAGAAGCUCAAAUCUAUUGAAAUUUGUUGGAGAAGAAAACCUAGUCAGAAUUGUCAAAGAAAAUCCAAAUGUACGAAUGAAAAUGCAUACGUGUUUGUUCAUUCAGAUAUCACCAAAUGUCUCUUCUAAAUCAUUGUUAAUUUUUUUAUAUGAAGCAGGACGGUUUUAUACUUGUUCUGCUUUACCUCCUUGCCAUAUUUUAAAAAGUUAUAUGUCUGCGUCAAGCAAUAGGCUCCUCUUUAAGUGCAGAGGGAGCGAAGUCCAUUAAUUAUGUUCCAAUUUAUCUCUGUUACUGGAAAAGAAUGAUAAAAUGCAAGUCAAUGUAAGUCUUUUAUUGGAGAUUACGCGUUUAAAUGCUUUAUCAUAAUACAUAAACUGUACUUAUAUUGCGCGUCAAGGUCGUUUCCCCCCUCCCUUGUGUCUGAUAUAUGUGAGAGCGAUCUCCUUGGAUUUUCGAGAAUAAAAUCCAUUUCCAUCGUCCAAA